AUGCCUUCAUUCCUUUUCCUUGUAGGCUUCAAUCGGCAUUGCACGCUUACUAGUGCAAGCAAUAAUGGAAGAGGGUGUUCGGAAGACGAAGCAAAAUCACGUAUUUACAUGAUGGAUUCUCAGGGUUUGAUAGUCUCAAGUCGUCAUGAUAAUGAGCUUGGGGGACCAAAGUCGGAGUUUGUUCGCCCUGAUUGUCCUCAACUAGAUUCACUAAUGGAUAGUGUUCGACAUAUUCGACCAUCCGUUCUGAUUGGUGCUUCUGCAAAACCGGGUGCAUUCACGCGUGAUAUCCUUCGUGAAAUGUCUACUAAUAACAAAAUCCCUAUUGUAUUCGUUUUGAGUAAUCCAUCUAAUUUAGCUGAAUGCAGUGCGCAGUUGGCUUACAAAGCCACUGAAUGGAGGUGCAUCUUUGUAAGUGGUUCGCCUUCAGACCCUGUACAAACACCAAAUGGUCGCUUACUGGUACCUAGUCAAGGAAAUAACUGUUACGUUUUUCCGGGUUUGGUUAAUGCUCUGUCAUUGGCUGUAAUUCGUCCGGUAACUGACAAACUGCUACUUACUGCAGCUAUGGUAAUAAAUUUUCGUUCAAAUAUAUUUUUUCUCAUUGAAAAUGAAUUAUCAUGUUUAACCUAG